AUGCCAUCAUUCGCGCAGAAGCAUCAGUUCAUUCUGCCGCAACCUGCGCAAACGGCAUCAUUGGCGGGCCCGUCGUGCCCUCAAAAGAGGCGUCUGUCAAGCGUUGACGACUCACCUUCACCAGAUGCACUCAUCGCCACUGAGCAGCCCUUGAAGCGGGCCAAGCUGGAGAGCACCGACCUCGCCGUCUCUGACAUCCCUUCCAGUGUCGUCUCUGACGUACCAGCAUCUGCGUCUUUGCCUGUGCCUGUGCCUGCCGCUGUUCCAGCAGUGACUAACGACAUGGAGGACGCGCGCGACGCUAUCCAGUAUCAAUUUGGUCUUGAGAUCUUGCUCAAGCACAAUGAGCUGAGGCUAAUCAACCAAGAACUGGCAAAAUGUCAGGUCGCUCUCGAGCAACUCCGUCGCUGCCAUCUCAUUCCGUAUCCUACUGCCUGUCCCACCCCUGCGCAGAUGUUGGAUAUCAGCAACGGAAAGGGUCCAGCUCUGCAAACCCGUCCGGGAGAGCCUGUCCCCCAAUGGGCUGCGCCUUUUGGAGUUGUCGAUGGACCUUACGCUCGACAUUACGCCAAGUGGCUCAUUCCCGAUCCCAAGUUUGAUGGCAUGCAACCUGAGUGGUACCCAGUGCUUGAGACUGCCCGUAGCAGAAGCUCAGUUGAGGGACGAACGACAAGAAACAGCAUGUCUGAUCUCGCCAGCGCAAACAAGAGCCGCUCGAAUCGGGGUAUUGGUAGCCAGAAGCUGCAGUCUCUCUCCAGCGGCUACCCUCAGCCUAAGGAGAAGGCCGGUCCUUGUGUUCUCAAGCGCUCCGACGGCCAGACUGUGAAGCUCGUCUGCUUGGAUUGCAAUCGGGAGAACUUCAGCAGCACUCAGGGCUUCAUCAACCACUGCCGCAUCGCCCAUAGGCGAGACUUCAAGAGCCACGAAGAGGCGGCCGUUCAUUGCGGUCACCCCAUCGAGGUUAAUGAAGGCGGCAGUAUUGUUGGAGAGGAAAAGGCUCCGCCUCCUCCCUCAACCGCCAUCGCGUCUGGUCUCGUCCAUCCUUUUGCCCAGACCGACAUGUCCACCCAACAGGCGUACGUUGCUUUGCGUUCUAGGAUCGCAGAUUCCCUCAAGUUGUAUCGUGAUGGCAAGCUGCCUGGCGUUACAAGCAUCCCUCAAGGUACUUCAAAGGCAGAGCCUGCGAGGUCCGCUACGCCAAAGGCCGGAAACUUCGUCGCCUCGGCUGACACCCCCUUCCUUUCGCGACUCAUGCAGAGCAGAAACUUCACCGGCAACCUCAGUGACAUUGUCAGUGACGCCAAGGAGAAGAUGUCGCUGGAAGACCUCACAUCACCGGGAGAGGAAUCGGAAGAUACCGAGACUGGUCUCGGCAGCCCGAAGAGCAGUGCUGGAUCAGCUGCUCGUAUGCCUGCCAUGCGCAUGCCUGCGAGAGCACCAAUGUCACCCGUCACUCUGACUUCGUCGACAAGACCAACAAGCAGCAAGGGGAGGUCGCCUCCCACGGGCUUUGCUUCGCCGCCCAUGAGCAGUCCCGAGAAGGAUGACGGACCCACCAGGGUAGUAAUACACUCUGGUGAGGAUGUCGACAUGGAGGACGUUGACCUCAGCCCCAGCACGAUGGUCAGCAACAACGCACCUUCGCUUGUCAGCGACGAUGGCGAGUAUGAUGACUCUGACGACGGGUCGUCUGAAUCCGGCGUCAGCGACCGCAUGGAUGCCGAGUCGGUGUCCGACGUUGCUGAGAUCACACUUGAUGAGGAUCACGAUGGACGCCCUCUUGGUCAUCACAGAGAGUCCAGCGGAGUCGGCUCCGGCACUGCGAUGCGUCUCAAGAAGGAUGAGAACAAGCACGUCACUUUCGUUAGCCCUGUCCACGACAGCGCGAAGCGAGCCCGAAAAGUUUAG